AUGGAUCCGGACGAGAAGAAUCGGUUGUUGGCGCAUUCGAUCAAAUUUAUGAAAAAGGUUGUUAAUGCCGCUGGUUUGACCGCUGUAUCAAGAAAUUUCAAUCGGUAUGAGGACUUUAAACGACUUUUCAAAGGUCGGAAGCGAUUCACAAAUUACUCAAAAACAUUGCAGGCGAUCGUGGCAGGGAAGAAGAUACUUCGCCAGCGUAUGAAAAAUGCUCUUCAAGCUAUGCCUCAGGAGCUCAUCGCCUCCAAGUCCCAACGACUUACAGAGCAAUUGCUGUCUUCCCCAGAAUACCAAAUAUCACGGAAUAUGGGAAUUUAUUUGAGCCUUCCGAAAGAACCGAACACCGAGAAAAUUAUCCAACAGGCACUGGCAGGCGGCAGGAAGAUUUUCGUUCCUCAGCUGCUAUCGCAAGAGUACCAGAGUGUAAACAACCUUCAAGGUAACGCAUCCGGUAUGUGUAUGCGGCGUUUGAGCAGCAUCACACAAAUGGAACAAUGGCCCCUGAAUCGAUGGAAUAUUCGCGAGCCUCCUCCACCCACCGGAUGGGAUCAAAUCGCAGAUCAAUCCGUCGAAGAAGGUGGUCUAGAUCUACUGAUUGUUCCUGGUCUGGCAUUUACUCGGCUUGGUGAUCGACUCGGUCGAGGUGGUGGGUACUACGAUCGUUACCUAUCCUGGUAUCGUAUAAAGUCCCGCUCGUCACAUCUUCAUUAUCCGGUCUUACUUUCCUUGACAUUUGAAGAACAAAUUGUUGAUGAACUACCAGUUGAACCACAUGAUAUUAAAGUCGACUGUGUUAUUUCCGCCUAAUAUUUUAUAUUUUUAUCUGCAGCGUUGUACCGGAUCUAAUCAAUGAUCUUUCCAGCUACUUCUGCUAAAACGUUCCAUCAGUUUGAUUAUGUCCACUUUAUGCCUUCACGAAGAAUCAAGUUUUCA